AUGGCCAUUCUUCGAAAACCCGCCCUCGUACUCGGUCUGCUGGUUCUCGGAACGACAGCCGCCCCAUUCCCCGAAAGCCAUGUCCACCGUCUCGAUACUAGAGCAGUACCCGAUACUCAUGCUCUCCAUGAACGGGCAAUGCCUCACUGGGGAAGGAAAUGGGACAAGAGAGGACCCGUGCCCUCAAACACUCUUCUUCCAAUGCGCAUCGGGUUGAAACAGGCCAAUCUGGAUGUAGGACACGACUUGCUCAUGGACAUAUCGGAUCCCAAAUCACCCAACUAUGGGCAACACCUCAGCAGAGAGGAUGUUGUCAAGAUGUUCUCACCCGCUUCCGAGACCGUAAAGGCCAUCACGAAAUGGAUCACCUCCGCAGGGAUUUCCGAGGACCGGAUAUCUCGCUCCGAGAACAACCAGGUAUCCCUACCCUCUUCGCAUCAUUGUCUCUCAAAGACCCCUGAAGUGAUCAUUGACCCCGGAUAUACCUAUAUACAGUGGCUUCAGUUCGACGCCAACGCAACCGAGGCAGAAGGCCUUCUCUAUACAACCUACUACAUCUACAAACACCUUCCCACCGGAUCCAAGGCCAUUGCCUGCGACCAGUACCACGUUCCGCAUCACGUGAGGGAACACGUUGACUACAUCACCCCGGGCAUCAAGUUGCGUCCUGACCCAGCCAAGGUUCGAUCUUCGAAGCGCAACCAACGCCGAGCUCGACAUGUUCAUACGGAGGAAAAGAGGGGAUUCCAACCUACUCAUCACGGGUUGAUGGACCCAGGAUUCGACAUCCUGCCUCCAUUGAACGACACCCAAUAUGGUCUACCCGAAGGAACAACGGCAACGCCAGGCAACGAGCUCGGCAUAUUUGAGGGUCUCAAUGACCACUACGUCAAAGAGGACUUGGGCGCCUACUUUAGCAACAUGUACCCGAAAAUCCCCAAUGGCACCUACCCCAUCGAAAAGCUCAUCAACGGGGCCAUUGGUGCCGCCCGGAUCCCCACCGAAUACGGCCGCGAGUCCAACCUGGAUUUCCAAGCCGCUUGGCCAUUGAUCUGGCCACAAAAGACAGUCUUGUUCCAAAUGGAUGAUCCGUACUAUGAGAAGAACCAGACGGAGGAGAAUACGCCUUUUAAGGGAUUUUGGAAUACCUUCUUCGACGCCCUCGACGGCUCCUACUGCAGCUACUCGGCAUUCAACCAAACAGGCGACUGCACCGACCCGUCCUGUCUCGACCCCAUCUACCCCAACCCAUUCGCCAAUUCUUCCAACACGGACAAAUACGAAGGCGCCCGUCAGUGCGGCGUAUACGACCCCACCCCCGUGAUCUCCAUCUCGUACGGCGGCGGGGAAGGCGACCUCCCGGCUUCGUAUCUCCAGCGCCAGUGCUCCGAGAUCAUGAAGCUGGGCUUGCAAGGGGUAACCGUGGUGGUGGCGUCAGGCGAUUACGGCGUUGCGUCAUACCCGGGCGAUUACGGUCACGAGAACGGGUGUGCUGGCUCUGGCGAAAGAAAGGGAAAGGUGUUUUACCCGGAUAGCGAUGCCACUUGUCCGUAUAUGUUGGCGGUUGGGGCUACGGAAUGGAUGCAGCCUCUGCCUGCUUCCAAUGUCACGAACUCAACCAACGCUGGACCGUUUCCGUUGACGGAAAGAGCCACUUCGGAGUUCGCGUCGGGAGGAGGUUUUUCCAACAUUUUUUCUGCACCAUCAUAUCAAAUUUCCGUCGUCGAAUCGUAUUUUGCGAAAGUUGAUUCGCAACUCAAUUUCACCGGCUACGACAUCUCACAGCCCGUCGCGAACUAUUUCACAAUCGACAAUGACAGUCAAUUCGGACCUGGGGGUGUCGGGGUCUUCAAUAGAGCAGGCCGUGGCUAUCCUGACGUCAGCGCUAUUGGCGAUGGCUAUAUUUAUCGGUUCGCUGGUCGUUGGGACACGGCUCGAGGCACGUCGCUGGCGGCUCCGGUGUGGGGGGCUGUGUUGACUUUGUUGAUUGAGGAGAGAAUCAAGGCGGAGGGGAAAGAAUGGGAAUGGAAGGUUGGGAUUUGUUAA